CACAGCCACCUGGAGCCUCCUAGAGCCUUUGCUUCCUGCAGGUUUCUGAGCCGCACCACCAUGUAUGGUCGCUAAAUGAGCCGACAAAUAGCUCAGGCUGUGGCAGGGGCUUUCACAUACCUGUGCAAGGUCUCACCUGACAGGGACUAGCAUCUCAGCUAGAAAUGCUACUUGCUAGAAAGGUGUGCAAAUUAAAGCUUUGCAUUCCUCUCUAAGAGACAGUCCCAGUCCUGCUUUAGCAAAGCAUGGGACAGCUUUAGCACUGACUUUGCCAGCGCAACAGCCCAGCGAGCGACAGAGAAAAGCCCCUGGCAGCUGCUUGAGGAUAACUCUAUCCUCGCGCGUAGUCUCGCCGAGGCGGGGAAGCAGCCAGCAAGGAAAUCCCCUCUCCGCGAUAGGGAUUGGUGACUAAGCACCGCGCCUCACACCUGGGCGGCAGUCAGGACGCAGCCGGCGUCCCCCUCACAGGUACCGAGCAGAGGGGCCGCCCCUGCGGGCCGGGCUGCGAGGAGGCGGCGCACGGUGGCGGCAGAACAUCAGUUGCCAAAGGCAGUGCUAUUGGGCAUUUUGUAUGCAGGUGAUGCUGCUCACCUACAUUGCCUUGCCAUCUCCCCAUCCUGCCAGAGGGGCUUGGAAGGGAAGACCUCUAAGUGUCUGGAGUUGGCUGCUUUAAGACUUCAUGAGCAUUAACUUGGCAGCCUCCUUCCAAGAUUAGGCUUGGAACUGUGUCUUCUGACAAGUGGUAGAUCUUGAGAAAUGGAGGUUUGAUAGCUGCAGAGGAUCGUUGAUUGCGAUUUCCUCUAAGUUGCAACACCGAAAACAAUGGCGAACGAAUAUAUUAAAAACUGCUGUAAAUGGUGUUUUUAUGUGGAAAAAGAAAAAAGCAAUUCAGUUUCCAUGGCGCAGGAAUCUGAAGCUGUGCCCGCAAGCAAGCCAACUAUUGUACAGCAGCCUCCAUUGUCUUCAGUGUCAGUGAAGCGGCAAGUUGGCUGUUCUGAGGAUUAUCUGCUUUCUAAACUGCCCCUGGACGGGCAGGAGGUACCGUUUGUGGUCCCGCCAUUCAAACUGGCUUAUGUACAGCCAAAAAGCCUUCCUAGUACCUCACAUGCUGGAGGAAUUCAAGAAUCUGCCAGAGCUUCUUUUGGUGACCGGAAAGCAGAACUGUGCGGUGUGUACCAGUGGCCCCGCUAUGAUGUGUACAACCCAUUCUAUUUGGAACAUCAUGUUUCACCAGACCAGAUUAGGCGUUUCCAAGCCAAAUCAGAUAAUAGGAAAUUAUAUGGAUCAGUUAGUGAUUUAAGAACUAGUGCUUUGCCUGGAUCACUUGAUUUAAGUCAUUCAAUGUUUGAUCUCAGAAGCCCACCUCAUCGAUUCAUGAAGAGAUAUGAUUCAGUCUCCAGUGUACCUAGCAGCACCUCCUCCAGAAAGGAUUCACAUGGCAGUAACAGGAGUCUGGAUACCAUUACGUUAUCAGGUGAUGAACGAGACUUUGGAAGACUGAAUGUAAAAUUGUGCUACGUUCCUUCUGUGGAGCAGAUCUGGAUCACAGUUUUGCAUUGCAAAGGGCUGAGCUGGCCUUCCAGUUGUGGGGAAAAUCCUCAAAUCUAUGUCAAGGGAAUUCUCAUGCUGCCCAAGCCUGUGCAGUUCAAAUCCUCUGCAAAGGAAGGCUGCAAUGACAUUGAAUUUAUGGAAACUUUUGUGUUUGCUAUUAAGUUGCAAAGUGUUCAAACUGUCAGACUGGUAUUUAAAAUCCAGACGCAGACUCCUAGGAAGAGAACGAUUGGAGAGUGCUCUUUGUCACUGCGGGAGCUCAGCGCAGAGGAGUCAAAUCAUUGGCUGGAUGUAUCUCCUCCUUCCAAAGCACCUGUGUGCCGCACAGAACUUCAAAUAGGAAGUUGUUUUCAAGCAAUAAACAGGAGGAUUCAGUUACAAAUUCUUGAAGCACAAAAUCUUCCAAUUUCAUCUACGCCGCUGUCUUUAAGUUUCUUUGUGAAAGUUGGAAUGUUUAGUACAGAAGGGCUGAUCUAUAAGAAGAAGACUCGUCUCGUCAAGUCCACUAAUGGCCAAGUGAAGUGGAGAGAAAUGAUGAUUUUUCCAGUUAGCCAAGCUGAACAAGGAAUCAGUUUUCUUAUCAAACUCUACAGCAGAAGCUCAGUGAGAAGAAAGCACUUUCUAGGACAGGUCUGGAUAAGUUCUGACAGCAAUAACAGUGAAGCAGUAGAGCAGUGGGAAGAUACUAUUGCUAAUCCUGAAAAAGUUGUUAUUAAGUGGUACAGCAUUGGUCCGUCUUGAAGACUGGAGAUGAAACUGAGGACUUUUUUUCCACAAAGAUAUUCUUAUGUCUUUCAAAAUAAUAUAAAUAAAAAGAAAAAAAAUAUUGUCUACACAAACUGUUCAAAAGGAUUCCAUUCUAUCACACCUCCAUGUUAACUGGAAAAACUCAAUUUCCUGAAGAGAAAUACUGCCUAAAUACUAUUGAGAGGAAGACUUAGGAAAUGGGAAGAGAACUCAUUCAGUUUUAGAAAGUCCACUUCUUUUUCCCUUUUUAGACUCUGUAAGAGUAUAGAAAUCCAGUACUGGAGAGAAAGAGUGUGAAUCAACGUCAUUUGCACUAUUUACAGACUUCAUCUUCACAUCUACAGUCAUGUCUUUGGCAGACUUCACAGCCCAUGUGGAAUCAGCUCGGUCAGCAGCUUGAACCUAGGCACUUUUGAGCCUCAGGCCACACCUGUAUUGACAGCAUUUGGCCAGAGUAAUGUGCCUCAGCAGGUGGGAAAGCUGUGGCUGUAGCAGGAGGCCUGAAGGGAACUGUAAAAUAACGCAGCACCCAAAGGCUUUUCUAAUCUCUGCUUCCAGUGAAGAGUUGUGCAGCACACCGACAUGCCAGUAUCUUGGGUUUUCAUCCAUCCUUCUCUCUAUUCUAAACAGAGGAACUGAAAUACAAAAGUUUCUCUGACUAUUUGUAAUCUUCUUAAGUGGGCCCUCUAGCCUCACUGUUUUGUGAGUGCUGGAAGGAAUAAGGGGAAUACUGUUAGAGAAUACUGCUUAAGAUCAGAGUCAGAUUUGUUUGUUUGUUUCAUAAAUUAGUUUAUUAUGCAUAAUUCUUACAUGUAAAUAAGUUCCUAUCUAAUCAACAUUGUUUUACCACUUGCUUACUUUACUAAAAGCCAGACUAAUGUUCUUAAGGAGUAAGCAAAUAUUUACUGAUGAAGUAUAUAUUUCUUAUUUGUUUCAAGCAAGAAGAGAUUACCAUAUUUUUGCUGCAAAUGGUGUUUUUCCUACAAAGUCCUAAGAUUAUUUUUCUACUAGUCCCCAUAUUUUCUGGAGUCUAUUCAUAGCUAUUUUUAAGAAGGGAGAAAUGCUGAUUAUGUAAUAGAUGAAAUGUGCAUCUAAAAGCAAAGACGCCUUUGCACUACGUUAACUACUGGAUCGAACAAAAAUAUAUUCCAUUAAAUCCAUCACACAUCUAGUGCUGGCCAUGUGAGCUGCUCAAAUACGUGUUUGUGUAGACAGUGAAUAACAGUAUCUUUUUUUAUAACUUGGAACACAUUCAAACAUCUGACACAAGAACUGGAGUGGUGGUGAGAGCGUUCACUGCUUGAAGGCAAAGGAACAGUGGGGGGCAGAGAAAGCACUGCAACAGGAAGGCAUGUUGUUUUUAAGCAAAGAGCUCAAAGCUUCUUUAUUUCAGCCUUUCUGACUUCAAAUAAAGGCCAAGAGAAGAAAUGGAAUCUCUUCAAUUUUUUUUUUUUUAGUUGUUAAUUCAAGCUUUUAAAAUUUCAGCCAUCUCGAUUUUUUUUUUUUUUUUUUAAUGAUUUUUUAAAUGGGCAAACAAAAGGGUUUUCCCUAAGUUGUACAUAAUCUUCUUUUGGACACAUUCUCAUAUAUGAAGUGAAAUGGUUUUUGCAUGUUAUUUGGAGAACAGACGUUGGUUUUUGCUUUGAUGGAUGCUCCUUGCAAAGCUCCCAGUUGGCCCAGUGCAUCUGGACAUGAGAUCGUAGAAUCAUAGAAUGGCCUGGAUUGAAAAGGACCACAAUGAUCCUCUAGUUUCAACCCCCCUGCUGUGUACAGGGAGAUGUCAGCAUCCACACAGUUACAGUACUUGAGAUGAGCCUGGCCUGCCGUGUAAAAUGAAAGAAGGAAUUGGACUAAGCUGAUGUUCUUGGAGUUCUCUACUUGAAUACAGGAUCUUUCUGUUCGUUGUGGCUGUAUUGCAGUAAACAAAAGUGCAAACUAACUGUUUCCUUAUGCAAAAUGCUGUUCUGUUUGAAAGGGAGGACAGGAAAUAUUCCAGUGUUUUGGAGGCUUCAAUUACCACAAAAGUGGCUCUGCAAUGAUUGCCAACUCAGUGGAUAUUGUGUAAAAUGGACUUCAUUGGCUGUUUUAGGGUGCUGAGCCUUUAGGAGGCCUAACUAGUAAUGUCUCAUUUUUCCUAUGUUAAUAUUUAAUCUGUGUGUUUACAAUAAAAGUUAUAAACACAAAAUGAUCCUUUUUUUUUUUUUUUUUUAAUUGUGUAUACCAGUGUUUACCAGCAUAACAAAUUGAAAUUCAAGUCCUACUUUUUUUUUCUCUGAGAAAAUGCUGAGAAUGAAACAAUUUUUGAUGUGGUGUUGUGUGUGUGGGUGUUGAUAGCUAACACCUCAUGGAUAUCUAUGGCUUCUUCUGUAAGGUGUAUACAGCUCCUAUAGCACUGUGAACAACGUAAUCUAAGGCCUUCUUCAUCUGUGUUGAGAAUUGCUGUAUAUAUUGCUGUAUAUUCAUGUCAUAAUUUUAUGAAUUCUUAAUAGUUGGGAAAAGAAAAGAGUUUGUUCCAUUGCUCAUCAGAUCUGAAAUUACUCAACUAGUGUGAAAUUCCAUCUUCUUCAGGAAAAAGUUCUAUCUUUCUUCUUCUCUUAUCUCUCUACAGAUAUGUUUCCAACACUGUUGCUGAAGAUUUAGGAGAAAGUAAAGAUUUAGGAAAGUCUUCCUGAAGAGAAAAAUGAUGCAUCACUUGAAAACAUAAAUUAGCAAAGAUGCUUAUUUAAUCAAGGAUGCAUGCAAAAGUAAGAAAAAAGAUGUCUCAGAGCACUCUUCUAAGAAUGACAGCUCCAUGUUGCCCCUUGAAUGCUGGCAUUUUCAGCUACUCUUUUCAUUACAGGUUAUAUCCAGGUUUACUGAUGUUUCAAAAAAUACUAUUGUGAAAGCUGUCACAUAGUUUGUAGAUACAAAGUACUCAUGGUUCAUAGUUAGAUUUCCUGUUGCUUCUAGUUAGGGACUCACUCUACUUCUAGAAAAUAAUAGAGGUUCAGAAGCUGCACGGGUUUUAUUUAAAUCUGCAUAAUAUGUGUGCAGGUUAAUUGGAACAACAGUUAUGGCCUUGCAUUAUAUGUUAUUCCAAGAGAGAUCUGUGCCUACUUAGAACCACCCCUAGACUAAACUUAUUCAGAUUUUUUAGAAUGUGUGUAUAUAAUUGCACUACUAAAUUAAACAAUUCUGUUUUAUUUGUUUAUGAUUAAGAGCAUUCUGUACGCAAACAAGACCAACAAAUUCAUUUUUCAAGUCUUUAUAUCUCAGUGGCAUGACAUGGCAUUCCUUUUAAGGAAAAAAAAUGCAAGAUUCUACCUCAAAAGAUGAGUGGGUGUAGCAGUUUGUAAACCACAAUGCCAUUAAACGUUAGUUGGAAAUUAACUGUAUUUGAGUGCCUUUUGUGAUCACCAUGCAGACAGUGCCAUCCUGCUAAAUCAAUUAGACAGCCCUGGAUUGUCCUUUUGCUGGGAAGACAUUUGUAUAAAACAAAAGGUAAUUUUGUCGUUCAGUUAAACACAUGUGCUGUUUGACUUAAAGACUGUCUGCCCAAUGGAGAUUGCUUUUGAGUUAUGAGUUACUUUUGCAGCCAAAGCACAAGGUUGUCUAGAAACUGGGGGCAGGGCUGUUCCAUUUCUUAAUUUCAUCCUGCCAAAAUAUGUAUGACAUGGGAGGGAGGCUGCAUAGUUGUGGAAAGUUUGGCAUAAAUCAUGCUGGACAUGAUAUACCCUCCUUGUUUUUCCAGCUUCUGCUGUAAAAUUACAUCACCAUGUAAAUAGAGCCCUGUACAUGAUCUCAUGCUUGGUGUAUGGAAAAAGCCAUCACUAAAAUCAGCACCAUGUUCCACAAACACUGCUCCAGCUGAUUUAUAUUCUUCUCUCCAGCUUAUGCCGAGAGAGUCUGUGGGCUCUCACAGUCUAAGGCAGAACUCCCAUUGUAUUCAGCAGAAGCAACCAGUCUUCAAGGCUGAUUUGGUUAUUUCAGCAUUGUGAUGAUCUCAAGUUCCUACGAUCCUCAGUAUUUUACAGGAGCGCCAACAAUGCAUGCUUGGAAAAUCACCUGUCAAACUCUCAAUCCGGCAACCUGCUGGGAUGUAAGAAGUUCUCAACUCCUGGCCUUGCAGGUACCACAAGUACACAACCAAGUACAGCUGUGCAGCACAUGUUAUUUCCAAGACUGGAAUUCUGAAAAUGUGGAACAUUAAAAAAUAUUUAUCUACCCACACUCUAAAAGGCUCUGAAUCUGCAACAUAUACAGUUUGCAGUCAUUUCACAUCAUUCCCAGGGAAGCAGGAGUCUGGAAAUCCUGGAAGCCCACAGACUCCUGAGGGCUCUCCUGGCAGUGUGGAGCUUCAGGCUUUUAUUGCCUCUUAAUGGGCAUAUACCUUCUAUUUAGUGGAGAUUAAUUUAGGCUGGCUAUAUAACAGAAAUGCACUAUAUGUCAAAGUGAAAAUUACUGAAUUCACAAUUCUAGAAAGAGAAUGAACAGUAUAUUAAAAUAUUUUAAUUUAGAGGAGCUCGCUGAGACCAACUAAAAAAGAAGCUGAAACUUUCUUCAAAUCCCAGGCAACUAAAUAGCACACAUUGCUCAGAGAACCAGAAUUCUCAUCGUCUACUUCUGUUAAUCAGGCAUUUUGAUAGGUACCAAGCUGUCAUUUAUUUCCAGGUACAUAGUCUCUACAAGCACAUACUGACUACUUUCACAGAAACAUUCUUCAGCAGCAAAUCUUUUCCUAAUAUUGGCUGUAUACGAAGAAAUAAGGUGCAAAAUAACAUGAACUGCAAAGAGAACAUAGCUUAGUAUGGCGUUUGUAAUGUCAGCUAGUGCUCGACUACAGAGCAUUCCAAUUACCAGACAGAAACAAAGCAGGUCUUGGUACCACUAUCCCAGUCACAAGGGAAUGAUAAAAUUGAUGUCUUUGUUUUUUUUAUUCUUCUGAUUUUUGAGUGCAUAGUUGUCAGUUGUGUCAGAAACAAUAUUCUAGGGUGCUGAAGUAAACUGCUUAAUUGCUGUGUUUAUCCAAACUGAUUGCAGGCCUCUCAAAUUAUAUUUACUUUGAAAGCAAUAACACGUAUCCCCAUGUCCGUGAUAAAUUAGUAUGCUGUUCAAAUGUACGGGAAGGAGGUAAUAAAGGCAAAAAUAUAGUACAAUGGUCUCAAAUGUUCAUACUGAAGACAGAAAUUGACACACUGCAGGUAUUCAAUGCAAAACUAAUAUUUUGUGCUUGGGAACAAAGAUAUUUAACAGGCACUGCAAUACAAUACCAUUACAGAGAAAGGAAAUGCCAUGCUGAGACCGUAGUUAAGAGUUUUGUGCAGAAGACACACGUACAAAUCGCUGCAGAGAAAUCGGUGCUGAGAAAGCUUCGGUUGGAGGACGGUGUCCAGCUGUGGUCAUCAUCUUUCAAGACAAAGCACAGAGGAAGAAACAAGGUUAUGGACAACAAAACCUGACCUGUAAGAACUGAAAGUCCUGAGUUGUUUAAUCUGGCAAAGAGAAGGCACAGAGAUAAAAUUCUAACAUGUGAAAGUCUGCUGAACAGAAGGAUUGUUCUCCGUAUCUACUAGGGAUGAGCUGACAAAGAAGCUUCACCUGGGAAAUACUGCUUCUGUUAAUUCAACUGCUAAGUGACACACCAACAUCUCUAUAACAUACCAAAGCAAGAACGUGUUUGGAUGUAACCUUAAGUGCCUUGAAGCCUGACUGUUGUUGAAGAUGAGUGAAAAAGUGUUUUUCUUAACAUACUUAGUUUGCUGGGCUAAAGAAAAAAGAAUUAAAAGCAGUCAGAAAAUGGCAUAUGAAAAGUUUUUAGUGAAAUAAAGCCCUUUUGUCAUUUGGCUUUUAAA